GGUAAAGUGAUCACUCAUCCGUCCCAACUACACCGUUCGAACUGCAGUCUCGUCCUUGAUCGUGCAUUGUCAUUACUCAAUUCAACAUGCGCGUUCUAUCUGCCGCUGUGGUGGCUGUGUUGGCAUUGACCACUACUGCAAGCCAUCCUGCGUCUCGGAUCCGUGACAUUGACAAUGUCUUUCGCUCGCCCGCCCAAGUGCGAGCCAUUCGAGACGACGCCGACACGAACCGAAAGUGCCAUACGUCCAAUGCGCACUACCUUCCGCUGCUGCAACCGGGGCAGUACGCGGCCAAUGCGUUCCACAACUGCUUCCGCACGUCCAAGCAAAUCUUUCAGUUUGUCGACACCCUCAUCAGCCAAAACACUAACCUCCUGAACAAGUUUCCCGUGUCCAAGACGUUUCAAGGGCAAACGGUCUAUGGCUACAAGCUGAGCACGAACGGGGGCAAGGAGCAGUCGUUGUACUUCCAAAGCCUGCUGCACGCUCGAGAGUGGAUCGCCGGGUCGUCUAACUUAUUUGCGCUGUCGUCGAUGCUGGACGAUAUUGCUGCCAACAAAACCACCGCCACCGACUUGUACGACUUGGUCUUUGUGCCCAUUGCCAAUAUCGACGGCUACGACAUGACGUGGAGCGGCAACCGGUACCAGCGCAAGAACGCCAAUCAAGUUGACUUGAACCGCAACUGGCCGUCGUUCUACCAGAACCCCAAGCCCCCUGGUCCGUCCGAAGAAACCUACCCUGGUCCAUCCGCGUUCAGCGAGCCGGAAACUAAGGGCAUUGCGGAUUGGCUCAAAUCCAACAACGACAAGAUCGCCGGCUGGGUCGACAUUCACGCGUACGCAGGCUUGGUUUUGUACCCCUACGGCGACACUAUGUCCCCCAUCGGGGGCGAUGAAGACGAAAAGUUUCAACUCCUUGGCCGCAACAUUCAAGCGCAAAUGGGCUCCAACUACAAGGCGGAAACCAGCGCCACGAUGUACCCUGCGUAUGGGAGUUUUGACGACUACCACUACCGCACGUACAAGAAGCCCGUGCUGACGUUUGAAAUCGCCGGUUCGGACUUUGUCGCCCCCGCAUCGACCAUUCGUACUCGCGGCACCGAAGUGUACAAGGGGCUCCUUCAGUUUGCCAAAGAAAUCGUCGAGUUCAACGGGGGCAGGCAGCGUUCGACUUCGACACCUAACACUGCGAACCCCACGAUUGCCUCAACCAAGCAUGGCUGUGCCACAUGCAGCCGUUGCUACUAUCCUGAUCGAGACAUCUGUUUGAGUGACUUUGCCAAGAACGACUGCGAUUACUGCACUGGUUACUAUGGAACGUUGUGGUGCGGCAACUAAAGUUAAACGUUGGCUGCUCUGUUUGUAAGUAACGUAAAAAACCAAUUUAAGAUAACUUAACCAAUUUAGGAUCACUUUGUAUUGCCCAA